ACCGUAGGCGAAGGAAUACGGAAGUGUUGAGGAAAUGUCAUCCGCUCACACGCCCAUGAGAGGUUCAGCAGGUGCUGUUCUCGAUUAAAAAGUAACGCAGAGAGCCAGAGGAGCAUAAAUAUUCACCUGGAUAAAACUUCAACGCAUGCAGCAUCUGCGUGUUUCUUCGUUGCGACAGAACAUGGCGUCCAAAGCGGCUUAUUCGCACAGAGAUCCCAUGCUGAAGAAAAGAGAUGAUUUUGAGGACAUUCUGGAGGAGAGGAGACAAUCCAGUGACCUGAGAUACGCUCUCAAGUGUUACACUCCAGCUCUGUAUAAAGGACUGACUCCCUGCAAAGCCACCGAGCUGAAGAGCAUGGUCCUGCAGUCCGAUCAGCUUCAGUACGUCAUCAAUCAGGUUUCCAAACAGACGAGCGUGACUGCAGGUGAGGUUCAGGCGGAGGCGGCGUCCAUCUUGGACGAGAUGGCUCACCGUCUGCAGCUCAGCACGGUUCGCUUCUUCGCCUUCACCCUGAGCAAAGUCUUCAAGGCGUUGUUCAGGAGCGUCUGCGUCAACGAAGAAGGCGUCCAGAGACUCCAGCAGGCCACCCAGGAGCAUCCGGUGGUUCUGCUGCCGAGCCACCGCAGCUACAUGGACUUCCUGCUGAUGUCAUACAUCCUGUACACCUAUGAGCUACCUUUACCUGUCAUCGCUGCCGGCAUGGACUUCAUGGGGAUGAAGAUCAUCGGCGAGAUGCUGCGGAUGGCCGGAGCGUUCUUCAUCCGGAGGUCGUUCGGUGGAGACCAACUGUACUGGGCCGUUUUCUCCGAGUACGUCAAGGUCAUGGUGAAGAUUGGAUUUGCACCAGUUGAAUUUUUCCUGGAGGGAACCAGAAGCAGAACGGCCAAAUCUUUGACUCCAAAGUUGGGGCUGCUGAACAUCGUGAUGGAUCCGUUCCUUAAAGGCGAAGUAUUCGACGUGAGCCUGGUCCCGGUCAGCAUCAGCUACGAGAGGGUUCUGGAGGAGGCGCUUUACGCCAGAGAGCUGCUGGGCGUCCCCAAGCCCAAAGAGUCCACAUCUGGUUUGUUUAAAGCCAGGCGGGUUCUGAGUGAAGACUACGGCAGUAUUCACGUGUACUUUGGUCAGCCUGUGUCCGUCAGAAGUUUAGCCGAGGGCAGAGUUAACCGCCGUCAGUUCAACCUGACGCCGAGACACAUCCCCAGGAAGCCCGGAGAGGAGAUCCACAGCUUCGUCAACGACUCGGCCUACAGGCUGGUUCGGUCCCAGGAGGAGAACAUGGUCCUGAAGCCGUGGGUUCUUCUGGCCUGCUUUCUGCUGCAGAGCCAGGCCGCCGGGAACAAACGGGGGAUGUCUUUGGAGGAGCUGACCCAACGAGCUGUGUGGCUCAGAGACCUCUCCCGGCAGUUUGGAGCCUUCCUUCACUGGCCCGAUCAAGCGGUUCCCUCCGAGGUGGUUUCUUCCAGUCUUUCCCUCCAUCGAGGUCUGGUGAGGGUCUCUGAGGGUCGAGUCCAGCUGGCUCUGGAUCAAGCAGGAGCUGAACUGGGGAGGCCUCCCAGUGCCGUAACACCGGAGGAGGAGCUCCUGAAUCGGGCGGUCACCAUCCUGUCCUGCGCCUCCUACAGGAACCAGGCGCUUCACGUCUUCAUCCGACCGGCGCUGCUCGCCUCGGCUGUCCAAACAACGUCCUCCAAUAAGAAACAGGAAGUCUUCAGCAGCUUCAGCUUUCUGAGGAACAUGUUCUCCAACGAGUUCAUUCUUUGCCCCGGUGCUGCCGUGCAGGACUUUGAGGAGGCCUGCUACCUGCUGGGAAAGAGCGGUGCUCUGCAGAUCAACCAGCAGGAGAUACUGGUGACGGAGAAAGGACAGAAAACACUCAACUUCCUCACAAACAUCCUAGAUCCUUUUCUACAAGGAUAUCAAACGGUGUGCAGGUUUCUUUGUGAGGAGGCGUCCGAGGGCCUGACGGAGAAGCAGUUUGUUCCCGCUGUCCGGAGGUUCAUCAUCAAACAUCUUCUCACAGGGAGGCUAAGAUACGCUGAGGUUUUGUCUUCGGACCUCCAGAAGAACGCGCUGGCAGCUUUGCUGAGGCUCGGAGCCGUACGGAGACUCGGAGGAGGAGACGAGCUGGAGGUCAACCAGGUGAUGGUGAACUCCCUGGAGGACACUCUGGGAGGAAACCUGCCGACUCAGAAGGUUGUCGCUGCUCGACUCUGAUCCCUCGGGUCUUACGGAAGUACCGGUGUCAAGAGCCAAACCUCACUCCUCUCUGAGACAGGUGGAACAAAAGAUCCAGAGACCACUCUACUCCUUUAUCUCUUCUGUUUUUCUCUUCUUCUCA